CUCAACGUUUCUCUCAAUCUCUCCCUCUCCGCUGUUCACGUUUUCUCUCAAUUCUUUCCCAGAGAGAUAGAAACGGAACCCACCGGAGAUUCUGAGUCACGUCCUCAAUCUCCCUUACUGUAGAAAACAAAACCAAAAAAAAAUCGAAUUUUUCAUUUUCUUGAGAAUUAAAAAGUAGGAUUAUUUUAGUGGUGAAGAGAGAGAGAGAGAGAGAGAUACAAAAAGGAUGAGUUUUCAGGAUUUAGAGGCGGGAAGAAAAACAUCAUUAGCUUCUUUAAUGAGCUUCAAAGGUGGUGUUGGUGGUGGUCGACAAGAUACGACUCAAGCUGUUGCUGCAGGUGUCUUUAAGAUCAAUACAUGUGUUUCUACGUUCCAUCGUCUUGUCAACACUCUUGGUACUCCUAAAGACACCCCUGAGCUUCGUGACAAGCUGCGCAAGACGAUAUUACAUAUCGGACAGCUUGUGAAAGAUACAUCGGCUAAACUUAAAGAAGUUAGUGAAACUGAUCAUGAGAGAGGUGUUGAUCAAAGGAAGAAGAUUGUGGAGGUUGCAAAAGACUUUCAAGCUGUAUUGAAUGAGUUUCAAAAGGCUCAGCGUCUAGCUGCCGAAAGAGAAACUGUGUAUGCUCCUCUUGUCCACAAGUCAUCUCUUCCCUCAAGCUAUAGAGCCAGUGCGGCAUAUGUGAAUGCAGAGAAGGAUCCUAGGCAGCAGGCUCUUCUUUUGGAAUCAAAAAGACAAGAACUUGCACUUUCUGACAAGAAGAUUGCGUUUAAUGACGCUAGUAUUGAGGAUAGAGAGCAAAAGAUACAAGAGGUGCAGCAGAAAAUUGGCGAGGUGCAUGAAAUCUUCAAAGACAUGGGAGUGUUGGUACACAAUAAAGAAGCCAUUAUUGAUGUGAAUGCAGAGAAGGAUCUAGAGCAGCAGGCUCUUCUUUUGGAAUCAAAAAGACAACAACUUGCACUUUGUGACAAGAAGAUUGCGUUUAAUGACGCUCGUAUUGAGGAAAGAGAGCAAAAGAUACAAGAAAUGCAGCAGAAAACUGGCGAGGUGCGUGAAAUCUUCAAAGACAUGGCAGUGUUGAUGGUACACAAUGAAGAAGCCAUGAUUGAUGUGAAUGCAGAGAAGUAUCCAGAGCAGCAGGUUCUUCUAUUGGAAUCAAAAAGACAAGAAGAUUGCGUUUAAUGACGCUAGUAUUGAGGAAAGAGAGCAAAAGAUACAAGAAAUGCAGCAGAAAAUUGGCGAGGUACACGAAAUCUUCAAAGACGUGGCAGUGUUGGUACACGAUAAAGAAACCAUAAGUGAUGUGAUUAAUACUGACAUCGAUAACUAUCUCGCUAGAGCCUCCAAGACUCAACGAUCAAAAUCUUCACUGGCUUGCUUGCUCUUGGUAGUUUUUGGUAUCGUGCUCCUGAUUGUCAUUGUAGUGCUCGCGGUUUGAUUUUUCACAACUCAUGAAAGCAUGGACAAGUGGCCCAUCAUCUAUCAAGAAGUAUAAUGAGCUUAUGUUUGUCACUUAAUAGUGCUCAUGCAAGGAUUGAACUAUUUUUCUUUUGUCCCUUAAUAUAGAGCAUUUUGGUUUGGUUUCGGUAUCAGUUUGGUUUUGAACGUGUCUCACUGUUGGUUCUGUGAGAGAGUGCUGUUGCUUUCUCUCUGUGAUAUUAUAUAUUGACUUGUUGCA